AUGUCGGAAAUCAUCAAAGACAAGGACGGCCAGCCGAUCCAAGAGGGCGACGACGUGUUUACGCCCAUCCGAGGCGGCAAGCAUCAAGGCGAAGUGGAAAAGAUUGUGACGACGCAGGAGGAGGCCAAGGCCGAGAAUGUCAAGAAUCCGCCAAAGGUUCUUUUUACGGAUCAGCAUGGACAUGGGGUUUCGCAUAAUCCGGAAACGUUGAGACAUGUUGAUAAAUGA